GACUCUUGCUCCUGCAACAUAACCUCAAACAUGCGAUAAAUUUUUCCUUGACAUUGACUGUCAGCGGAGUAUUUUUUAUUUGGGUUUUGCUUACUUAUCUAGUGAUCAUAUUUUAUUGUCCUGCAAAGUAAUCUGCCCCAAGGGAAAUUAGUUCUUCCAUGGGCAAUUGAGCCAAAAAGUUUGUGGAAGUAAAUUACGCAUAUAGUGUUAGUGUGAGAAGAGGUGUUUUUUUUGGGAAAAAAGCAAAAGAUGGAUGUCGAUGAAAUCUGCAAUGACAGCAGUGGACAGAGAUCAUCUCCGGAACCACGGGCUCAGGAUGACAUCGAUCAGACCCUCCUGCAAUCAUUCAGUUGUCUCGGUACCACGGAUCACGAGGAGCUGAUCAGCCAACUGCAGCAGAUCAUUGGUCAACAGAUAAGCUACACAACGGCAAAGUUUUUCCUCGACAUGAACAAUUGGAACCUUCAUGCCGCAGUCGGUUGCUACUUCGAUUACUACACAGGCCUCAAGACAUUCUCAAUGAAGGUCCUGGUGAAUGUGACAGAACUUAUAAAGAUUCGUCCCAACACCAAUUAUCUACAGACAUGGCUGGUGCUGAAUGACGGAGAUGAGACAUGGCCAGAUGGUUGUUACCUCCAUCUCGUGUCCCCCACGGAGAAAUCAAGAGUACCUGUAAAACGAGUAAAACCAGGCGAAUCCAUGCGGAUUGACGUGUGGCUGAUGUCGCCGCUUGAAGUGGGAGUGCAUCAGAAUAAAUGGCGAUUGAGUACGCCGUGUGGAAUGUUCUACGGGGAUACUCUGUGGGCGAUGGUUGAGGUGGAUGAAAAUGCCCCAGAAAUCCGGCCAGCUGAUACUACGGCUCAAACCAAGGAGAUCGAGGAGAGGCUGCAGAAUCUGUGGGCCAAUGAGACACGGCCAGGAGAGACCCGAAUGGAUCUCGUGCCACAUCAAUCAAAUUUCGGCCAAUGGCCCAAUAUUCCUGCACCUCAGGGCAUCUCACUGCCACCACCGCCACCCGGACCUUCUUCCGAGGAUACGGAAAUGUGAUUGAGGUGCCCCAGGGAUCCUUGAAUGUCCAAGGAGCCACCAGUGAGAGGUAAAAAUUGUAAGUGUACUUGAAAGAGCAUCGUAAGGAGGGUGUAAUCUGUUAUUUUGCAUCUCUUUUUUAUUCACUUAUUUUCUUUUUUUAAAUUAAAAGUGGGAUUAUACAAAAAAAUUAUUAUUGAAAA